AUGGGGACAGGAGGCAGCAAAGAACGCUGCCUGAAAAUCGCCCCCUGGGACACAGCCAGAACGAGCUUUGGUGCAAGUGAUUUUGUAAUUCUUAUUCUUUGCUUUUCCUGUUUGUUAGUUGCUGCCCCCCUGGAUGAUGAUGAUAAGAUUGUUGGAGGAUACACCUGCCAGAAAAACUCUGUCCCUUAUCAGGUGUCACUGAAUGCUGGGUACCAUUUCUGUGGUGGUUCCCUCAUCCAUGACCGAUGGGUGGUUUCAGCUGCUCAUUGCUACAAAUCCCGCAUCCAAGUGAGGCUCGGAGAGCACAACAUUAUGGAGCUGGAAGGAGAUGAGCAGUUCAUCAAUUCUGAAAAAGUUAUUCGCCAUCCCAAAUACAACUCUUGGCUCCUGGAUAAUGACAUUAUGCUCAUCAAGCUGGAAGCCCAUGCUGCCCUUUCUUCACGCAUCUCAGCCAUCACUCUGGGCUAUGAAUGUGCAGCUGCUGGGACUAACUGCCUGAUCUCUGGUUGGGGCAACACUCUCAGCGAUGGUGUCAAUUACCCUGACCUUCUUCAGUGCCUGAAUGUGCCAAUCCUGUCUGAUGAAGAAUGCAGAAAUGCUUACCCAGGACAAAUCACUGACAAUAUGAUCUGCAUUGGAAACCUAGAGGGUGGCCAAGACUCCUGCCAGGGUGAUUCUGGUGGCCCAGUGGCAUGUGAUGGAAUGCUCCAGGGUAUCGUUUCCUGGGGAAUAGGAUGUGCUCUGCCUGGUUAUCCUGGUGUCUAUACCAAACUCUGCAACUACAUCGACUGGAUUCAUGACACUAUUGCUGCCAACUAAAACUACUAUGUUGCCACCUGUUUCAACAUGCUGGUGUCUUUUGCUUCUUGUAAUUAAUCUUGAUAAAGGAAAUAAAGGAAAUAGAUAGAGAAAGAUUU